AUGGGUUAUUUAAAUUUUCUUUCUUUUUUUUUUCUUUUUUUUUCUGCUCCUCUAUUAUUUCAGUUCCCUCCCUUCCCCUUCCCCACAAUUUCAGCCACUCCUCCUUUCUUUUCUUUUUGUAUUGCUUUGAAGUCCCCUAACACUCUAUCCACUCUCUUUAUAUAUCUAUCUCUAUCUAUCUCUAUCUCUAUCUCUCUAUCUAUCUAUCUCUAUCUCUCUAUCUAUCUCUAUCUCUCUAUCUAUCUCUAUCUAUCUCUAUCUAUCUCUAUCUCUCUCUAUCUAUCUCUAUAUCUCUCUAUCUAUCUCUAUAUCUCUAUCUCUCUCUAUCUAUCUCUAUCUCUCUAUCUCUCUCUAUCUAUCUCUAUCUCUCUCUCUCUAUCUAUCUAUAUAUAUAAUUGGCCGAAAAACCUUUUCUUCUUUUUUUUCCUCAUUUCUCUCUUUCUUUUUCCUCUCUCUCUCUUUUUCUCUUUCUUUUCUCUCUCUCUCUCUUUUUCCUCUCUCUCUCUCUUUUUCCUCUCUCUCUUUUUUUCUUUACUUUUUUGA